UGAUCCAAUUUACUCCUAAUAACCCACCAAAAACGAAGAAGAACAAGAAAAGAAAACCUCUUUCCUAGUCUACCCUCCGCGUCGACCCAGCGUCGCAGCGCCGGCAAUGGGUUGCACGCAAUCGGCGAUCGAGAACGAGGAUUCCGUCAUGCGAUGCAAGAAUCGCAAGCACUACCUGCGCGAUGCGGUCGCUUCCCGCAACGCCUUCGCCGCUGCGCAAGCCGCCUACACCGUCACCCUCAAGAACACCGGGGCCGCUCUCUCCGAUUUCGGUAAGAGCGAGCUCAACGACGUAGCUCCAUCCCACUCCCACAAUUUUGCCACCGGCGCCGCCUACUCAUCCUCUGCCUCAGCCGUCGGAAUAAAGGCGCCCGUGGAGACCCUCCCUCCGCCCCCGCCUCCUCCUCCGGCUGACUCCUCCGUCGCCGCUGCCUCUCUGCAGAGAGCCGCCAGUAUGCCUGCCGACGUUAAGGUACCUAAAUCCAAAAAGAAGCUGCAUAGCAAAAUUCCGACGGAUGCCGCGAUUGACGAAGAGGACGAAGGCGAGCGCGCUGAUGAUGAUCGUUCAACUACCGGGAGCUCGUCCCCUUCUCCGCCGCCUCGCCUUCAUCCUCAAUUCCAUCCUCGGUCUCAGGAAGCCCGCCCACCUCCUGAGACCUCCGGGACGUGGGACUUUUUCUUCAGUGUGGACGAGAAUAUGAUGUCGCCCACCCUUAGCCAACCUGAAGAUGAGACCACUUGGCCCCAAAAAAGAAAGGUGGAGCAGGACAAAACGGUAAAGGUUAAGACGACGCCGCCACCUAGAUCUGAUGAAGUUCAUCACCAGGAAACACCGCUCACGCCCACAAAACUGGUGAACGAGCAACCUCCGUCACCAUCCAAAUCGGUCAAGAAGGUCAUUAAGCAUAGCGCUGCUGUGGAGCAACAGCCUGUUGCAUCCGCUGGAGCAACUGAAGCCAAGAAGAGCAGAACCAUGCCAACUAGUGUAAAUCUGCUUCAGAUUUUGAUUGAAUUGGAUGACCAUUUCCUGAGGGCGUCCGAGAGUGCUCAUGAAGUCACAAAGAUGCUUGAGACACCUCGUCUGCAUUACCAUUCUAAUUUUGCUGACAAUAGAGGACACAUCGAUCAUUCAGCAAUACUCAUGCGAGUUAUUACAUGGAACCGUUCAUUUAAGGGCAUUUCUCAAGCAGAAAGUGCACAAGAUGACUUUGUUAGUGAUGAAUUGGAAACACAUGCAACCAUUCUGGACAAGAUGCUUGCGUGGGAGAAAAAGCUUUAUGAUGAAGUUAGAGCUGGUGAAUUUAUGAAAAUUGAGUAUAAGAAAAAGUUGGUUAUGCUGAACAAGCUAGAGAAACGUGGCAUUAACUCAACAACAUUGGGAAGAACCAAGUCAGCUGUAAGCCAUUUGCAAACAAGAUAUAUAGUUGAUAUGCAGUCAAUGGAUGCAACAGUUUCAGAAAUUAAUCAUCUUCGUGAUGAUCACCUAUAUAUCAAGCUAGUGGAACUUGUUAAUGGAAUGGCUAGGAUGUGGGAGAAAAUGUGCUCGCAUCAUCGCAGCCAGCUUAAAUUGAUAAAGGACAUCAGAACCAUUGACAUUCAACUUCCUCUGAGGGAGACGAGUCAACAACAUCAUAAACGAACUGUUGAGCUUAGAAAUAUAGUAGGAGAAUGGGAUUUACAGUUACAAAAACUCAUCGAUCAUCAGAAAGACUAUAUCAAAUUCCUGAACAGUUGGUUGAAUUUGAACAUUAUCCCACUUGAGAACAGUGGGAAGGAGACAAGUUAUCCACGGAGGCAACCUGACCCCCCUAUCAAGGUCCUGCUACAUGAUUGGCAAGACCAGUUAGAGAAUCUUCCACUGAACCGUGCUAAGAUUGCCAUAGGUAGCUUCUCAGCAUCGUUGCAUGCAGUUGUUCUGUGUCAAAUUGAAGAGCUAAACUUGAAGUUGAAGUGGGAUGAUGCCCGGCGGGAUCAUGAGCGAAGAAAACGAGAAUUUGAGGAAUGGAAUCUAAAGUACAUGCAGAAGAUGGCAGAGGCCACUGGAGCAAGCAAUGGUGACAGAAAAGAGGGCACAUAUGAGCAGGAUAAUAUCACUGAGAGGAGGCUUGCUGUAGAAAAUGCAGAUAUCAAGCUGAAGGGUGCAGAAGAAGCCUAUAGAAAGCAAUGCAAGAUGGUGAGGGACAAGUCUCUGGCGACUCUAAAAACACACCUACCAGAUCUCUUUCGAGUUAUGUCAGAUUUCUCUUACUCGUGUUCGGCUAUGUACAACAAUCUUAGUUCCAUUACUGGAUCACAUAACCCGGCAAAGGAUAGUUGAAGUAUCUCUCUAGAGUUUUUUUUUUAAUGUCCCUGAUUUUAUAUUUUAUAUAAUUCGCUGUCAGUGAUUUUCCUGCUCAUUUACGACUUAAGCUGGUGAGCCUGGCAGCGAUAGGAGAGAAUAUACAAAGGCAUUGCUGUUAGCAUGUCAAUUUAUUGUUACAAAAAUUAUGAUGCAGUGUACAGAUAUUUGUUCAUACGUGUAGAAGUUAUAUGAUUGCUUCUAUAGUUUUCCUGUUAAGAUGUA